AAAUGAAAUUGCUCACCCUCAUCGCUCUGAUCUUCAUGGUAACAGCCAACGAUAUAGUUGUCAUUCCAGAAAAUAUCAAAAAAAUAUUGAAUCAAAGUCCUGAAAUAAAAAAAUCUUAGAUUGCAAAGAAACUCUUAGAGAACGAGAAACCAUUCGAGAGACUUCAAGAUUUAAAUCAGGUUUUAGAUUAAAGUAUGACUUUUUAAACAUUUAGGUGAUCAUAUUAAAAAUUCCAUAUAAUUUAUCAAAGUGGCCCAGAACACCUAAAACACCUCCAGCUCCAAUUAUACCUACCCUAAUUAAACAUAUAACUAUACUUACACUAAUUAUUCUUAGCCUACCAGCCCUUAUGUAUACAGUAAUCAGAGUAAUGGAUCAAAUUCUACAAAUUAGACAAAUUCCACAUAUUCAAAUAAUUAUUACUAUAAUACUUCAUAUCCAGUUUAAAACACUAGUGUCAAUAAUUAUGUGACCUAAAGCUCUACCAAUAGUACUAGCAUAACCUGCCAAGUCGGAUAUUAUUUAUAAAACACUGACUGUUUAUCUUGUAUGGCUAAUUGUGCCAUUUGUAGUUCAGCUUAUGUCUGUGACUCUUGCUUCUAAGGCUAUUCAUUAUUUACAACUGGUUGUUAAUUGAACAACACUUAGAAUUCCACCAGUAAUUCAUCAGUAAUUUUUGAUACUUCAACUGGUACUAACAUUACAAACUACAAUAAUACAUCUUAUAACACCACUGAUAAUACAUAUGAUAACUCAACAUCAUAUAAUAAUACCAACUAAACAUAUUAGAAUUAGACCUAUAAUAACUAAACAUACCACAAUUAUUCAGAUAUAUCAAGAAUAAGAGAAAGAUUUAAUUAAUCAAGAGUUCAUCUGAAAUUAAGAGAUAACCUCAAUAGAAAAGGUAUUACAAACCUGACUUAAAUAAUUUCUUAUUACAACCAAUCCAGUCACUAAUACAAUAAAAUAGUUCUUUUCAAUGAAGCUACAACUGGCACAAAGUAAGUUGGUAAUUAAUACUAUUUCUAUCAAAACAAUAGUUUGGUAGUCUUGAAUUAAGAAUUUGAUACUAAUGGAAAUAUUAUUUAUAGAUCUAUCAAUUAUGAUUUCUCAAUUUAUGUUUAAAAAGAAUAAGGUUCUCUGAAUUAAGACCAAAAUAAAGAAAUCUAUGGUACUAUUGUGUAUGGAAAUGAUAACUUCAAUGCAACCUACAAUAAAGAUAUCGAAGUACAAGGAUAAGAACAUUCAUCCAAUUUUGAAAUGGACUAAUAAUCUACUGGAUAGGCCAAUUAUAAUAGGAAUUCAAGCGAGGCUUCUGUUUCUUAUCAUAAUAAUUCUUUUGGAUACUAAUAGAAUUAUUAAAGCAAUUAUAAUUACAAUCAAACAAGUGAUGUCUAAUCUUAUUCAAAUUCUAAUAGCCAAUUUGAAAAUUAAUUUAAUUAUUCAAGAUAUGCAAACUUUGACUAACAUUAUUCAAAUUCUAGCUCAUCCUAUUCCAAUAAUGCUUCAUCAUAUAGUUAUAACGAUGAAUAUUCAUACUUAAAUGGAUCAGGAUAUGAAAAGGAAAACUCCUAGGAGUCAAAUUCAUAAGCAAAUGGUUAGAGUGCAAGUGUAAAUUAUCACGGAGAUAAAUAAUCAUAUUCAUCGAAUUCUAGCUCAAACGAUUUUAAGGAUUCUUCACUAAAUGGUGUAUUUACUUAAAAUUACUCUUUGGCCAAUUAAACAGAAUUCUAAUAUAAUGCAAAUAGUAGCUCAACCGAUUAUUAAAGUGAUUGGUAUAGUUACUCAUAGUCUGCUUCUUCUAAUCAAUACAAAAACAUAGAUUCAACAGAAGUGUAAAACAAUGGUGACCUCUAUAAUGUUUCUGACAUUUAUGGAUACAAGUCUAAUAGUAAUUAUAACUCAGAUUAUGGAUAUCAAAGUGAUUUAAGUACCUUAGAGUCUGUUGACGCUCACUCUGUUUAAGUCACCAAUGAUAAUGCCACUAUAACCAAAGUUAAUGCUACAAUCAGUUAAUACAACUCUUCAAAUACGAAUUAUCAUGGAUAUCCUCAAUAUAAUGAAUCAUAAGCAUCAAGAGAUGUCAAUCUUACAGUUACUGAUAAUAAACAAUAAUUUAAUUAAUUGAGAGGAUCAAAGAAAUUGGCUACAGGUUCAUGGUCAGAAGUUAACCAAAGAGAGUUUGCUAGCUCUAAUGCAUAAAUAAUCGAAGAAGCUAGAUUGGCAAUCAGCAAGAAAUUCUAACCUGAGGAAGAAGGCUACUAAUUUGAUUCAAUCUUAAGCAUUAAAGAAUAGAUUGUUGCUGGAAUCAACUAUAAUAUCAAAUUAAGAUAUUUGAAUUCUAAUUCCAAUUCAAUCAUUUAUGAAGUUGUACUUUACACAAUGUAAUUUUAUAUUCAUUAUUUUUUAGACCUUGGGCUAAUCAACCAAACUAAAUCGUCAGUUGUUCCAGAUUUGAUUAAGCAGAAAUAUGAAUUUGAUUUAUAUUUCAUCAACAAAAUACAAAAUUCAUCCAAAUU